AUGCAGCUCGUUGCUGCCACAGCCUCCUUCCUGGGGCCCCUCCUCACGGGCUGGGCUCUGCUGCAUCUUGCCCAGGGUCAGACCCCCAACUACACCAGACCUGUGUUCCUGUGCGGAGGAGAAGUGACUGGGGAGUCAGGUUACGUGGCAAGUGAGGGUUUCCCCAACCUCUACCCCCCCAAUAAGGAGUGCAUCUGGACAGUCACGGUCCCUAAGGGCCAGACUGUGUCCCUCUCCUUCCGUGUCUUUGACCUGGAGCUGCACCCCGCUUGCCGCUACGAUGCUCUGGAGGUUUUUGCUGGUUCCGGGACCUCUGGCAAGCGUCUCGGACGUUUCUGCGGGACCUUCCGACCACCGCCAGUAGUCGCCCCUGGCAACCAGGUGACCCUGAAGAUGACUGCAGACGAGGGCACAGGAGGACGAGGCUUCCUGCUCUGGUACAGCGGGCGGGCCACCUCCGGCACUGAGCAUCAAUUUUGCGGGGGUCGGCUGGAGAAGGUCCAGGGAACCCUGACCACGCCUAACUGGCCUGAAUCCGAUUACCCUCCGGGCAUCAGCUGCUCCUGGCACAUCAUCGCUCCCCCGGACCAGGUGAUCGCGCUGACCUUCGGGAAGUUUGACCUGGAGCCGGACACCUACUGCCGCUAUGACUCAGUCAGCGUGUUCAACGGAGCUGUGAGCGAUGACGCCAAGAGGGUGGGAAAGUUCUGCGGAGACACGGUCCCCGGCCCCAUCUCCUCUGAAGGGAAUGAGCUCCUUGUCCAGUUCGUCUCCGACCUCAGUGUCACAGCCGAUGGCUUCUCAGCCACCUAUAGGAUCCUCCCUCAGGGUGCAGAGGAAGCAGGCCCAUUCCAGGGCCCUCCGCCCAUCCCUAAGCCCGGGACCGGGCCCAAAGUCAAACCCCCUACUAAGUCCCAAGUCCCUCCUGCUGAGAAACCUAAGGCCUUGCCUGAGGCAGAGGUGAUCCCAGUGAACCCUGAUGUUCCAAGCACCCCCUGUCCAAAGCAGUGCCGGCGGACAGGCACCUUACAGAGCAACUUCUGUGCCAGCAACUUAGUGGUGACAGCAACAGUGAAGUCCAUGGUGCGGGGCCCAGGUGACGGCCUCACAGUCACUGUCAACCUCAUUGAUGCUUAUAAAACCGAAGGCCUGGACCUGCCCUCUCCAGCCACUGAUACCUCCCUGAAGUUUUAUGUGCCCUGCAAGCAGUGCCCACCCAUGAAGAAAGGGUCCAGCUACCUGUUUAUGGGUCAGGUGGAAGAGAACAGAGGUCCAGUCCUUCCUCCAGAGAGCUUUGUGGUUCUCUACCGACCCAACCAGAACCAGAUCCUCACCAACCUGAGCAAGAGGAAGUGUCCUGCUCAGCCUGUGCGGGCAGCUGGGUCCCCGGUCUGA